AUGUCUUUUGUCUCUCAGCCUCAGUCUAACAUUUCUAUUGAGUUUGAUGAUGUUGGGUUACUAGAAAGAGUGAUCACAUUCACUCUGUGCACAAUCCCAUCCUGUUUGUUUCUCUUCAUCAAUGGAACCAUUUUGUUCAUUCUGAGAAGUAAAUCUGUUUUUCGUGACACCUGUCGGUAUAUUCUCCUGUUUAACCUUCUUCUUGCAGAUACUGCACAGUUAGUAAUAUCUCAGGCUCUGUUUCUACUUUCUGUUUGUAGAAUUACACUAACAUAUCCUGUCUGUGGCAUGCUAACUGUUUUAGGCAUUCUCACAAAUGUAAUCUCUCCUCUAACGCUGAUGGUGAUGUCUCUGGAGCGGUGUGUAGCUGUCUGCCUCCCUUUGAGACAUGCUAUGAUCGUCACCAUCAGAAACACGAGACUGGCAAUUAUUGCAGUUUGGACUUCCAGUUCAUUGCAUAAUAUAUUUCGUGUUAUUUUGAUGUUAGAUUUUCCUUUUGAAGACCUAGACAACAGUCUGCAAAUGAAAGCGUUAUGCAUUGAUCGCACAAUGCAGCUUGGAUCCAGGUCUAAAAUAUAUGACAAUGCUUUCACUGGGCUCCUGUUUGCUUCAGCAGCCAUUGUAAUAAUUUCUUCCUAUGUUGGUGUAAUAAUAGCAGCCAGGUCAGCAUCUACAGGGAAAGCUUCAGCCUUGAAGGCUCGUAAUACGUUGAUGCUACAUUUGGUGCAGCUAUGCCUCAGUUUGUCCUCAACUAUUUUCAACCCAUUGCUUGUAGCUCUUAUUAAAAUUGUUCAAACUGUUGUGUUUAUACGGUUACAUAAAUUUCUGUAUAUAUUAAUGAUUAUAUUCCCCAGAUGUUUGAGUUCUUUAAUUUAUGGCCUUAGAGAUCAGACUAUCAGACCUAUUCUUCUGGGCCAUCUAGGUUCUCAUCUAAAACGUAAAGCUGUUGCAGUCAGUGGUUGAAAAGUUCAGCUUCCGUCAAGGUCUUUAUAACUGUGAAAGAAAGACUGUUACACAGUCAUAAUCAGCUUUAUUAGUGUCUUAAAUAUAGUGAAAAUUGUAUUAGAGGUUAUUUUUUGAAUGAACAAAAAGUCUUAAUGCAAUGUUUUAUUGUUGUGAAUAAUCCAUAUAAACUAAAGUCCAUAAAUAAGACUGAGGAAUGUAAGAGACAGCAGAA